AUGUACGUUUUCUAUCUUUUGACAGCUGCGGUGGCGGCGUUCGCACUGCCUCAAGACUCGACAACAUCAGUGGACUCGGUAGAUUCGACAUCAACAAAGCUUCAGAAUGUCAACUAUGGUGCAUUCACACAAACGGCCACCUAUUCUGUAGCCAAUCAACUGGGGUUCUUCAAGGCAUAUGGCCUCAAUGUCACCUACCUCCAGGUUCCAAACUCAACAUAUGGUUACAACCAGCUACUCAAUGGCGGCUACGAUAUCAUGACAGGCACUAUUGACAAUGCCGUCAAUCUACGUUUCAACCAGCAACAACCUCUCACUGUGACUGGUCAGCUUGAUGGCGGGCCGGAAUUGACCAUUGCCUCCAUCGCUUCCAUUACCUCCAUAACCCAGCUCAAAGGAAAGGCGCUCAUGGUCGACUCACCCAUCAGUGGUUACGCAUACAUUCUUCGAAAAGUACUAGCCCUCCACGGCCUGUAUCUCGAGAACGGCGACUAUACUUUCCAGGUUGUUGGUUCAACUGUGAUCCGUUAUGCGGACCUUGUAGCUGGAAAGCUUCCAGACGGCACACCAGUCUACGCCACAAUCUUCACAUAUCCAUUCACAAGCCAGGCAGGCGAUGUGCCAGCGGCUCAGCGUCCCAACAUCCUUGCCAAGAUUUCCGAUUUCAUCCAGCCAUUCUCUUCAUCAGCGUUCACUGUCCGUGAAGCGGCACUUAGCAACAGUACGCAGCGGAUUCUCCUCAGAAAGUUCAUGUCUGCCAUGUAUGCCGCGAACAAAUACCUUGCCAGCGUUGCGAACAAAAAGUGUUCCAUCACUGCGAUCUCCAAGCAACUCAAUGUCUCUACAUCCGUGGCAACCUCGGCAUACACCUCAGCCAAUGACCCCAUCACCGGCGAGACUUCCUCUCCAGGUGGUAACUUCACUGUAAACCGACAAGGACUUCUCAACGUCAUCGAUGUUCGAGGCCAAUUUGGCGGUUUUGCAUCAGUUUCUCCCAACUUCAACUACGCCGAGGCAAUUCUCCCUGGGGAGGGAAAACUCAUCGAUUAUACUCUGCGGGAUGAAGCAGUGAAGAGUCUUGUUUCGUUCACCGCGAAAUGUUAA